UUAUCGUAUAGAAUUCAUCUUUUUUGCAAAGAUCGCAAUUUGACUACUAUAUUAGAUCAGCAAACAAUCAACAUAAUACUUCAUUGUUGGACAUUCCUGAGAAAUCUAUACUAUUAAUAAUAAAUCAAUCGGGUGCUGAUAUGGUCGAUAUGAAAUAAUAGUGUAAUAAAUUUUGAAUUUUAUUUGAAUAUUUUGACAUUUAUGAGUGACAAUUCCAGUAAAAAAGUCUUGGAAAAAAAAUAAAAUAAAAUGCAGUCAUAUUUAGUGUUAAUUCUGUUUGCCAUAACGUUGGUAGUUGCCCAACGAAGACCCAAAAUCGAUCCCGAAAGACAAUUUCGAGUGGUUUACGAAUGGAAAGUCUUGGAUUUCGCUUAUCCCUCAGAAAGUGCUCGUGUUGCUGCUUUAUACGAAGGCGCUUAUAUCCCACAAAAUAAUAUCAUCUCCGACGUGAAGCCUUUCGCAAACCGAUUAUAUGUCACCGUGCCUCGAAUGUUGAAUGGCGUUCCUGCUACUUUGGGUUAUAUCGUCAGUCCUCACAACAACGGCAGAACUGAUCCCGAAAUUGAACCGUUUCCUUCAUGGGAAAUGAACGAAGAGGGAAAUUGCUCCGCUUUUCAAUUCGUUCAAGGAAUUGCGAUCGAUGCUGAUGGCGUAAUGUGGGUCGUAGACUCGGGCGCGGUAUCUACACUCAUUCCGGAACGUCGUCGACACACGUGUCCUCCAAAAAUCGUCUUACUCGACUUGAAAAGAAACGGCUCCGUGAUCUCGAGAUAUGAAUUUCCAACCGAAGUUGCAUCACACGACGGAAAUUAUUUGAAUAAAAUCGUUGUUGACGACGCCGAGGGCGGUUUUGCUUACAUCACAGACAACAGUGGCGCUGAUCCGGGUAUCGUUGUUUAUUCCCGCCGACAGAUGGCGUCAUGGAAAGUGCGCGAAUCGAAUAGUAUGCGAGCUGCCUUGAACGCUGUCUCCUUUGCCAUAAACAAUGUAAAUUUAAAUUUUUCCAUUCACAUCGACGGGAUUGCACUUGGUCCGUAUUUCGCUGUUAACAAUGAUCGUAAUAACGUCGUUUUGGAGCGAAAUGUUUAUUAUUCGCCACUUUCGAGUUACCAUCUUUACUCGUUACCGGCAACACUUUUGCGAGAUCCCAACUUUGCUCGGGCUUCACCGCGCCAAAAAUACGAGGCUGUCACGGAUUACGGACUGAAAGUGUCUCAAACCGACGGAAUGAUCAUGGACAAUCAGGGAAUUUUGUAUUUUAGUCUUUUGAAAGAACACGCGAUUGCUCAAUGGGACUCUUUUCGCCCAUUUACUUUGGAAAAUCAACCGAUAAUUGCCAAAGAUGAGACGCACAUUCAAUGGACCGACGGAUUUGGCUUCGAUGAAGAAGGUUAUUUGUAUGUCGUGAUCAAUCGAUUGCAUAAUUUUGUUGCGGGACGAUUAAAUGUCAAUGAAGUUAAUUAUCGGAUAUUGCGUUCGAAGGUUGGAGCGUUGAGUUAUGUCUACACAGGAAGGAGAGGUCCCGAAGAUGCGCCAGAAUUGGUUCAUUUGUACAAUAAAACGCAAUAUGAGCCAGCUUACAUCGUGGGAAAUAGUGUUACAGCAAGCGCGCCAAAGUUUUGUUCGGGAUCAUCGCUGAUAGCAAUUAUUUCUAUCUUUUUCUUGGUUUUUUCAAUGAAAUAAGGCAUUUCUAAAUAAAGCUAAAAAAAAUUUGUCUCAAAAAAAAAAAAAUAAAAUAAAAUAAAAAAAAUUUCAAAGCAAAUUUUAAUGGUUUUUGU